AUAAAUUCUAAAUGCAGAACACUGAAACCACUGCUCAGAUCCUGUAGCCACCAGUGUGCGUUUGCCAAGCCAGGGUUAGCCUUUUGCCAGAAAACAUCCUGUUCCUGAUAGACCUUGAUCAUCUCACACACACAAACUGAGGUCAACAAAAGAUCUUGAAAAUGUCACUUCAGCAAAAAGGCCAAACAGAAGGAGCUAUGACUACUUUUCGAGGCAUCAAAAAGCAAGUAACAGCGCAGAACUUGCUAGAAUCUAAAAUCAUUGAUCAGAAACUUUUUGAAGACCUUAGCCUUGGAAAGGUCACAGUAGAUCAAGUGAGCAAUAUGGACUCAGUACGCAAGUACCUGCAGGGAACCGACUGUAUUGCAGGAGUGUUUGUGCAGUCCACCAAACAGACCAUGAGCAUCUAUGAAGCCAAAUCCAAAGGACUUCUAACACCUGGAACCUCACUGGUAUUACUGGAGGCUCAAGCUGCUACUGGCUUCAUGGUUGAUCCACUGAAUAACAAAAAACUCUCGGUGGAGGAGGCAGUGUCUCAGGGAGUCGUGGGGACUGAAUGGAAAAACAAGCUACUUUCUGCAGAGAAGGCAGUCACUGGCUACACCGACCCCCACACAGGAAACACCAUUUCAUUGUUCCAGGCCUUGAAGAAAGACCUCAUUGUCAAAGAUCAUGGCAUUCGUCUUUUGGAAGCACAGAUUGCUACUGGAGGCAUCAUUGAUCCAGUGUACAGCCACCGUGUGCCUGUGGAGGUGGCUUACCAGAGAGGAUAUUUUGAUAAAGAAAUGAACCAGAUUCUCUCUGACCCGAGCGAUGACACCAAGGGCUUCUUUGACCCCAACACAAAGGAAAACCUCACCUACUUGCAACUACUUGACAGGUGUGUGAGAGACCCACGCACUGGCCUUAGACUGCUUGUUAUUGUGAAGAAGGGAGAGUUUUACUUCUACAUCGAUGAGCAUACAAAGAGAGUCCUCCAGUCCACUAUCACAUACAAGGCAGGGGGUAAAUUCCAAGGAAAGGAGGUUUCCCUCUGGGAUCUCAUAUAUUCUGAAUACAUCGAAGAGGAAAUAAAAAGAGAUCUGGUUCAGCGACUUAAGUCUGGCACGAUAACAAUUGAUUACUUUUUGGAGCAAAUCCUAAUGAUUGUACAGCAGAAAACCUCCAGUGUGACUGUUACUACCACCACCACUACAACUACAACAAAGUGUCCUACUUUUCGCGGAAUCAAAAAGCAAGUAACAGCUCAGAACUUGCUAGAAUCUAAAAUCAUUGAUCAGAAACUUUUUGAAGACCUUAGCCUUGGAAAGGUCACAGUAGAUCAAGUGAGCAAUAUGGACUCAGUACGCAAGUACCUGCAGGGAACCGACUGUAUUGCAGGAGUGUUUGUGCAGUCCACCAAACAGACCAUGAGCAUCUAUGAAGCCAAAUCCAAAGGACUUCUAACACCUGGAACCUCAUUGGUAUUACUGGAGGCUCAAGCUGCUACUGGCUUCAUGGUUGAUCCACUGAAUAACAAAAAACUCUCGGUGGAGGAGGCAGUGUCUCAGGGAGUCGUGGGGACUGAAUGGAAAAACAAGCUACUUUCUGCAGAGAAGGCAGUCACUGGCUACACCGACCCUCACACAGGAAACACCAUUUCAUUGUUCCAGGCCUUGAAGAAAGACCUCAUUGUCAAAGAUCAUGGCAUUCGUCUUUUGGAAGCACAGAUUGCUACUGGAGGCAUCAUUGAUCCAGUGUACAGCCACCGUGUGCCUGUGGAGGUGGCUUACCAGAGAGGAUAUUUUGAUAAAGAAAUGAACCAGAUUCUCUCUGACCCGAGCGAUGACACCAAGGGCUUCUUUGACCCCAACACACAGGAAAACCUCACCUACUUGCAACUACUUGACAGGUGUGUGAGAGACCCACGCACUGGCCUUAGACUGCUUGUUAUUGUGAAGAAGGGAGAGUUUUACUUCUACAUCGAUGAGCAUACAAAGAGAGUCCUCCAGUCCACUAUCACAUACAAGGCAGGGGGUAAAUUCCAAGGAAAGGAGGUUUCCCUCUGGGAUCUCAUAUACUCGGAAUACAUCGAAGAGGAAAUAAAAAGAGAUCUGGCUCAGCGAUUUAAGUCUGGCACAAUAACAAUUGAUUACUUUUUGGAGCAAAUCCUAACGACUGUACAGCAGAAAACCUCCAGUGUGACAACAAAGUGUCCUACUUUUCGCGGAAUCAAAAAGCAAGUAACAGCUCAGAACUUGCUAGAAUCUAAAAUCAUUGAUCAGAAACUUUUUGAAGAACUUAGCCUUGGAAAGGUCACAGUAGAUCAAGUGAGCAAUAUGGACUCAGUACGCAAGUACCUGCAGGGAACCGACUGUAUUGCAGGAGUGUUUGUGCAGUCCACCAAACAGACCAUGAGCAUCUAUGAAGCCAAAUCCAAAGGACUUCUAACACCUGGAACCUCACUGGUAUUACUGGAGGCUCAAGCUGCUACUGGCUUCAUGGUUGAUCCACUGAAUAACAAAAAACUCUCGGUGGAGGAGGCAGUGUCUCAGGGAGUCGUGGGGACUGAAUGGAAAAACAAGCUACUUUCUGCAGAGAAGGCAGUCACUGGCUACACCGACCCUCACACAGGAAACACCAUUUCAUUGUUCCAGGCCUUGAAGAAAGACCUCAUUGUCAAAGAUCAUGGCAUUCGUCUUUUGGAAGCACAGAUUGCUACUGGAGGCAUCAUUGAUCCAGUGUACAGCCACCGUGUGCCUGUGGAGGUGGCUUACCAGAGAGGAUAUUUUGAUAAAGAAAUGAACCAGAUUCUCUCUGACCCGAGCGAUGACACCAAGGGCUUCUUUGACCCCAACACACAGGAAAACCUCACCUACUUGCAACUACUUGACAGGUGUGUGAGAGACCCACACACUGGCCUUAGACUGCUUGUUAUUGUGAAGAAGGGAGAGUUUUACUUCUACAUCGAUGAGCAUACAAAGAGAGUCCUCCAGUCCACUAUCACAUACAAGGCAGGGGGUAAAUUCCAAGGAAAGGAGGUUUCCCUCUGGGAUCUCAUAUACUCGGAAUACAUCGAAGAGGAAAUAAAAAGAGAUCUGGCUCAGCGAUUUAAGUCUGGCACGAUAACAAUUGAUUACUUUUUGGAGCAAAUCCUAACGACUGUACAGCAGAAAACCUCCAGUGUGACAACAAAGCGUCCUACUUUUCGUGGAAUCAAAAAGCAAGUAACAGCUCAGAACUUGCUAGAAUCUAAAAUCAUUGAUCAGAAACUUUUUGAAGACCUUAGCCUUGGAAAGGUCACAGUAGAUCAAGUGAGCAAUAUGGACUCAGUACGCAAGUACCUGCAGGGAACCGACUGUAUUGCAGGAGUGUUUGUGCAGUCCACCAAACAGACCAUGAGCAUCUAUGAAGCCAAAUCCAAAGGACUUCUAACACCUGGAACCUCACUGGUAUUACUGGAGGCUCAAGCUGCUACUGGCUUCAUGGUUGAUCCACUGAAUAACAAAAAACUCUCGGUGGAGGAGGCAGUGUCUCAGGGAGUCGUGGGGACUGAAUGGAAAAACAAGCUACUUUCUGCAGAGAAGGCAGUCACUGGCUACACCGACCCUCACACAGGAAACACCAUUUCAUUGUUCCAGGCCUUGAAGAAAGACCUCAUUGUCAAAGAUCAUGGCAUUCGUCUUUUGGAAGCACAGAUUGCUACUGGAGGCAUCAUUGAUCCAGUGUACAGCCACCGUGUGCCUGUGGAGGUGGCUUACCAGAGAGGAUAUUUUGAUAAAGAAAUGAACCAGAUUCUCUCUGACCCGAGCGAUGACACCAAGGGCUUCUUUGACCCCAACACAAAGGAAAACCUCACCUACUUGCAACUACUUGACAGGUGUGUGAGAGACCCACACACUGGCCUUAGACUGCUUGUUAUUGUGAAGAAGGGAGAGUUUUACUUCUACAUCGAUGAGCAUACAAAGAGAGUCCUCCAGUCCACUAUCACAUACAAGGCAGGGGGUAAAUUCCAAGGAAAGGAGGUUUCCCUCUGGGAUCUCAUAUACUCGGAAUACAUCGAAGAGGAAAUAAAAAGAGAUCUGGCUCAGCGAUUUAAGUCUGGCACGAUAACAAUUGAUUACUUUUUGGAGCAAAUCCUAACGACUGUACAGCAGAAAACCUCCAGUGUGACAACAAAGCGUCCUACUUUUCGUGGAAUCAAAAAGCAAGUAACAGCUCAGAACUUGCUAGAAUCUAAAAUCAUUGAUCAGAAACUUUUUGAAGACCUUAGCCUUGGAAAGGUCACAGUAGAUCAAGUGAGCAAUAUGGACUCAGUACGCAAGUACCUGCAGGGAACCGACUGUAUUGCAGGAGUGUUUGUGCAGUCCACCAAACAGACCAUGAGCAUCUAUGAAGCCAAAUCCAAAGGACUUCUAACACCUGGAACCUCACUGGUAUUACUGGAGGCUCAAGCUGCUACUGGCUUCAUGGUUGAUCCACUGAAUAACAAAAAACUCUCGGUGGAGGAGGCAGUGUCUCAGGGAGUCGUGGGGACUGAAUGGAAAAACAAGCUACUUUCUGCAGAGAAGGCAGUCACUGGCUACACCGACCCUCACACAGGAAACACCAUUUCAUUGUUCCAGGCCUUGAAGAAAGACCUCAUUGUCAAAGAUCAUGGCAUUCGUCUUUUGGAAGCACAGAUUGCUACUGGAGGCAUCAUUGAUCCAGUGUACAGCCACCGUGUGCCUGUGGAGGUGGCUUACCAGAGAGGAUAUUUUGAUAAAGAAAUGAACCAGAUUCUCUCUGACCCGAGCGAUGACACCAAGGGCUUCUUUGACCCCAACACAAAGGAAAACCUCACCUACUUGCAACUACUUGACAGGUGUGUGAGAGACCCACACACUGGCCUUAGACUGCUUGUUAUUGUGAAGAAGGGAGAGUUUUACUUCUACAUCGAUGAGCAUACAAAGAGAGUCCUCCAGUCCACUAUCACAUACAAGGCAGGGGGUAAAUUCCAAGGAAAGGAGGUUUCCCUCUGGGAUCUCAUAUACUCGGAAUACAUCGAAGAGGAAAUAAAAAGAGAUCUGGUUCAGCGACUUAAGUCUGGCAUGAUAACAAUUGAUUACUUUUUGGAGCAAAUCCUAACGAUUGUACAGCAGAAAACCUCCAGUGUGACUGUUACUACCACCACCACUACAACUACAACAAAGUGUCCUACUUUUCGCGGAAUCAAAAAGCAAGUAACAGCUCAGAACUUGCUAGAAUCUAAAAUCAUUGAUCAGAAACUUUUUGAAGACCUUAGCCUUGGAAAGGUCACAGUAGAUCAAGUGAGCAAUAUGGACUCAGUACGCAAGUACCUGCAGGGAACCGACUGUAUUGCAGGAGUGUUUGUGCAGUCCACCAAACAGACCAUGAGCAUCUAUGAAGCCAAAUCCAAAGGACUUCUAACACCUGGAACCUCACUGGUAUUACUGGAGGCUCAAGCUGCUACUGGCUUCAUGGUUGAUCCACUGAAUAACAAAAAACUCUCGGUGGAGGAGGCAGUGUCUCAGGGAGUCGUGGGGACUGAAUGGAAAAACAAGCUACUUUCUGCAGAGAAGGCAGUCACUGGCUACACCGACCCUCACACAGGAAACACCAUUUCAUUGUUCCAGGCCUUGAAGAAAGACCUCAUUGUCAAAGAUCAUGGCAUUCGUCUUUUGGAAGCACAGAUUGCUACUGGAGGCAUCAUUGAUCCAGUGUACAGCCACCGUGUGCCUGUGGAGGUGGCUUACCAGAGAGGAUAUUUUGAUAAAGAAAUGAACCAGAUUCUCUCUGACCCGAGCGAUGACACCAAGGGCUUCUUUGACCCCAACACACAGGAAAACCUCACCUACUUGCAACUACUUGACAGGUGUGUGAGAGACCCACGCACUGGCCUUAGACUGCUUGUUAUUGUGAAGAAGGGAGAGUUUUACUUCUACAUCGAUGAGCAUACAAAGAGAGUCCUCCAGUCCACUAUCACAUACAAGGCAGGGGGUAAAUUCCAAGGAAAGGAGGUUUCCCUCUGGGAUCUCAUAUACUCGGAAUACAUCGAAGAGGAAAUAAAAAGAGAUCUGGCUCAGCGAUUUAAGUCUGGCACGAUAACAAUUGAUUACUUUUUGGAGCAAAUCCUAACGAUUGUACAGCAGAAAACCUCCAGUGUGACUGUUACUACCACCACCACUACAACUACAACAAAGUGUCCUACUUUUCGCGGAAUCAAAAAGCAAGUAACAGCUCAGAACUUGCUAGAAUCUAAAAUCAUUGAUCAGAAACUUUUUGAAGACCUUAGCCUGGGAAAGGUCACAGUAGAUCAAGUGAGCAAUAUGGACUCAGUACGCAAGUACCUGCAGGGAACCGACUGUAUUGCAGGAGUGUUUGUGCAGUCCACCAAACAGACCAUGAGCAUCUAUGAAGCCAAAUCCAAAGGACUUCUAACACCUGGAACCUCAUUGGUAUUACUGGAGGCUCAAGCUGCUACUGGCUUCAUGGUUGAUCCACUGAAUAACAAAAAACUCUCGGUGGAGGAGGCAGUGUCUCAGGGAGUCGUGGGGACUGAAUGGAAAAACAAGCUACUUUCUGCAGAGAAGGCAGUCACUGGCUACACCGACCCUCACACAGGAAACACCAUUUCAUUGUUCCAGGCCUUGAAGAAAGACCUCAUUGUCAAAGAUCAUGGCAUUCGUCUUUUGGAAGCACAGAUUGCUACUGGAGGCAUCAUUGAUCCAGUGUACAGCCACCGUGUGCCUGUGGAGGUGGCUUACCAGAGAGGAUAUUUUGAUAAAGAAAUGAACCAGAUUCUCUCUGACCCGAGCGAUGACACCAAGGGCUUCUUUGACCCCAACACACAGGAAAACCUCACCUACUUGCAACUACUUGACAGGUGUGUGAGAGACCCACGCACUGGCCUUAGACUGCUUGUUAUUGUGAAGAAGGGAGAGUUUUACUUCUACAUCGAUGAGCAUACAAAGAGAGUCCUCCAGUCCACUAUCACAUACAAGGCAGGGGGUAAAUUCCAAGGAAAGGAGGUUUCCCUCUGGGAUCUCAUAUACUCGGAAUACAUCGAAGAGGAAAUAAAAAGAGAUCUGGCUCAGCGAUUUAAGUCUGGCACGAUAACAAUUGAUUACUUUUUGGAGCAAAUCCUAACGAUUGUACAGCAGAAAACCUCCAGUGUGACUGUUACUACCACCACCACUACAACUACAACAAAGUGUCCUACUUUUCGCGGAAUCAAAAAGCAAGUAACCGCUCAGAACUUGCUAGAAUCUAAAAUCAUUGAUCAGAAACUUUUUGAAGACCUUAGCCUGGGAAAGGUCACAGUAGAUCAAGUGAGCAAUAUGGACUCAGUACGCAAGUACCUGCAGGGAACCGACUGUAUUGCAGGAGUGUUUGUGCAGUCCACCAAACAGACCAUGAGCAUCUAUGAAGCCAAAUCCAAAGGACUUCUAACACCUGGAACCUCACUGGUAUUACUGGAGGCUCAAGCUGCUACUGGCUUCAUGGUUGAUCCACUGAAUAACAAAAAACUCUCGGUGGAGGAGGCAGUGUCUCAGGGAGUCGUGGGGACUGAAUGGAAAAACAAGCUACUUUCUGCAGAGAAGGCAGUCACUGGCUACACCGACCCUCACACAGGAAACACCAUUUCAUUGUUCCAGGCCUUGAAGAAAGACCUCAUUGUCAAAGAUCAUGGCAUUCGUCUUUUGGAAGCACAGAUUGCUACUGGAGGCAUCAUUGAUCCAGUGUACAGCCACCGUGUGCCUGUGGAGGUGGCUUACCAGAGAGGAUAUUUUGAUAAAGAAAUGAACCAGAUUCUCUCUGACCCGAGCGAUGACACCAAGGGCUUCUUUGACCCCAACACACAGGAAAACCUCACCUACUUGCAACUACUUGACAGGUGUGUGAGAGACCCACGCACUGGCCUUAGACUGCUUGUUAUUGUGAAGAAGGGAGAGUUUUACUUCUACAUCGAUGAGCAUACAAAGAGAGUCCUCCAGUCCACUAUCACAUACAAGGCAGGGGGUAAAUUCCAAGGAAAGGAGGUUUCCCUCUGGGAUCUCAUAUACUCGGAAUACAUCGAAGAGGAAAUAAAAAGAGAUCUGGCUCAGCGAUUUAAGUCUGGCACGAUAACAAUUGAUUACUUUUUGGAGCAAAUCCUAACGAUUGUACAGCAGAAAACCUCCAGUGUGACUGUUACUACCACCACCACUACAACUACAACAAAGUGUCCUACUUUUCGCGGAAUCAAAAAGCAAGUAACCGCUCAGAACUUGCUAGAAUCUAAAAUCAUUGAUCAGAAACUUUUUGAAGACCUUAGCCUUGGAAAGGUCACAGUAGAUCAAGUGAGCAAUAUGGACUCAGUACGCAAGUACCUGCAGGGAACCGACUGUAUUGCAGGAGUGUUUGUACAGUCCACCAAACAGACCAUGAGCAUCUAUGAAGCCAAAUCCAAAGGACUUCUAACACCUGGAACCUCACUGGUAUUACUGGAGGCUCAAGCUGCUACUGGCUUCAUGGUUGAUCCACUGAAUAACAAAAAACUCUCGGUGGAGGAGGCAGUGUCUCAGGGAGUCGUGGGGACUGAAUGGAAAAACAAGCUACUUUCUGCAGAGAAGGCAGUCACUGGCUACACCGACCCUCACACAGGAAACACCAUUUCAUUGUUCCAGGCCUUGAAGAAAGACCUCAUUGUCAAAGAUCAUGGCAUUCGUCUUUUGGAAGCACAGAUUGCUACUGGAGGCAUCAUUGAUCCAGUGUACAGCCACCGUGUGCCUGUGGAGGUGGCUUACCAGAGAGGAUAUUUUGAUAAAGAAAUGAACCAGAUUCUCUCUGACCCGAGCGAUGACACCAAGGGCUUCUUUGACCCCAACACACAGGAAAACCUCACCUACUUGCAACUACUUGACAGGUGUGUGAGAGACCCACGCACUGGCCUUAGACUGCUUGUUAUUGUGAAGAAGGGAGAGUUUUACUUCUACAUCGAUGAGCAUACAAAGAGAGUCCUCCAGUCCACUAUCACAUACAAGGCAGGGGGUAAAUUCCAAGGAAAGGAGGUUUCCCUCUGGGAUCUCAUAUACUCGGAAUACAUCGAAGAGGAAAUAAAAAGAGAUCUGGCUCAGCGAUUUAAGUCUGGCACGAUAACAAUUGAUUACUUUUUGGAGCAAAUCCUAACGAUUGUACAGCAGAAAACCUCCAGUGUGACUGUUACUACCACCACCACUACAACUACAACAAAGUGUCCUACUUUUCGCGGAAUCAAAAAGCAAGUAACAGCUCAGAACUUGCUAGAAUCUAAAAUCAUUGAUCAGAAACUUUUUGAAGAACUUAGCCUUGGAAAGGUCACAGUAGAUCAAGUGAGCAAUAUGGACUCAGUACGCAAGUACCUGCAGGGAACCGACUGUAUUGCAGGAGUGUUUGUGCAGUCCACCAAACAGACCAUGAGCAUCUAUGAAGCCAAAUCCAAAGGACUUCUAACACCUGGAACCUCACUGGUAUUACUGGAGGCUCAAGCUGCUACUGGCUUCAUGGUUGAUCCACUGAAUAACAAAAAACUCUCGGUGGAGGAGGCAGUGUCUCAGGGAGUCGUGGGGACUGAAUGGAAAAACAAGCUACUUUCUGCAGAGAAGGCAGUCACUGGCUACACCGACCCUCACACAGGAAACACCAUUUCAUUGUUCCAGGCCUUGAAGAAAGACCUCAUUGUCAAAGAUCAUGGCAUUCGUCUUUUGGAAGCACAGAUUGCUACUGGAGGCAUCAUUGAUCCAGUGUACAGCCACCGUGUGCCUGUGGAGGUGGCUUACCAGAGAGGAUAUUUUGAUAAAGAAAUGAACCAGAUUCUCUCUGACCCGAGCGAUGACACCAAGGGCUUCUUUGACCCCAACACACAGGAAAACCUCACCUACUUGCAACUACUUGACAGGUGUGUGAGAGACCCACGCACUGGCCUUAGACUGCUUGUUAUUGUGAAGAAGGGAGAGUUUUACUUCUACAUCGAUGAGCAUACAAAGAGAGUCCUCCAGUCCACUAUCACAUACAAGGCAGGGGGUAAAUUCCAAGGAAAGGAGGUUUCCCUCUGGGAUCUCAUAUACUCGGAAUACAUCGAAGAGGAAAUAAAAAGAGAUCUGGCUCAGCGAUUUAAGUCUGGCACGAUAACAAUUGAUUACUUUUUGGAGCAAAUCCUAACGAUUGUACAGCAGAAAACCUCCAGUGUGACUGUUACUACCACCACCACUACAACUACAACAAAGUGUCCUACUUUUCGCGGAAUCAAAAAGCAAGUAACAGCUCAGAACUUGCUAGAAUCUAAAAUCAUUGAUCAGAAACUUUUUGAAGAACUUAGCCUUGGAAAGGUCACAGUAGAUCAAGUGAGCAAUAUGGACUCAGUACGCAAGUACCUGCAGGGAACCGACUGUAUUGCAGGAGUGUUUGUGCAGUCCACCAAACAGACCAUGAGCAUCUAUGAAGCCAAAUCCAAAGGACUUCUAACACCUGGAACCUCACUGGUAUUACUGGAGGCUCAAGCUGCUACUGGCUUCAUGGUUGAUCCACUGAAUAACAAAAAACUCUCGGUGGAGGAGGCAGUGUCUCAGGGAGUCGUGGGGACUGAAUGGAAAAACAAGCUACUUUCUGCAGAGAAGGCAGUCACUGGCUACACCGACCCUCACACAGGAAACACCAUUUCAUUGUUCCAGGCCUUGAAGAAAGACCUCAUUGUCAAAGAUCAUGGCAUUCGUCUUUUGGAAGCACAGAUUGCUACUGGAGGCAUCAUUGAUCCAGUGUACAGCCACCGUGUGCCUGUGGAGGUGGCUUACCAGAGAGGAUAUUUGGAUGAAGAAAUGAACCAGAUUCUCUCUGACCCGGGUGAUGACACAAAGGGCUUUUUUGACCCCAACACACAGGAAAAUCUCACCUACUUGCAGUUGCUCAAAAGAUGCAUUAAAGAUCCAAACACUGGAUUUACCUUACUGAUCUUAAGGAAAUGAGAAAAAAUAUUUUAAGCUUUUGUUAACUUACAUGAUUAAAACAAUUAUCAUGGAAUUACAUUUGGAACAACCUGUUAACCAUCAUGAUUAUUAUACCAUUUUCUAAUUAUAGCAUCAUUAACCAUUUAUUAUUAUAUCAUCCAUCAGGCAUUGCCUGUUAGCGCACCUUCUCACUUCAGACCUAGAGACCUUAUCCUUCUCCAUGACUAUUCAUUUGUACUAUGUUUGUGCUUUAUCACUUGAUCAUUGUAUUUGCGUGUUUAUUAUUGGAGAAUUCUCCAUCCAGCAGUAACAUUAAGGUGUUUAUAUAACACACCAAUACUCCUGCCUUAGUGCACUAUUAACAGUACAACCCCAUUUAGUUACAGUCAGUCUGAGAAUGCACCAUCAGCAAAAUAACAUCACGUCACUAAUACUGGCGUGGAGUCGUUAUAAAGGCACUGACAAAAUAUGCACGGUUACUGCAAGAUUAUAUUUUGUUUUUGUACCUGGUUAAAUAGUAAGUGUACAUACAAAGUAUAUGCACAUAAUAAAAAGUGGUUGUUUCAUUUUUUUAUUGCAAAUGUUUACAAUUCUUUACAAACCUUUGCAUUUGGGAGAUUCAUGUAUUACUACCAUUCUAAGGAUCUAUUUACCAGCAUGGUUUCAUGUUUUCAGACUACUAUUUUUCUAUCCUGUUAGAUAAAGACUGAGGUAAACACUAAGGAGUGGAAUCCAUUUUAGUGGAAUGCUUACAUUUAAAACACUAAUAAACUUUCCUUUUUAACCCA